AUGGGGUCACGCCGCGGGGAUCUGAGGCUGCAGCGCAGCGGCGCCAGCAGCCUGCACUGCCCCGUGCUUUUGGUGGUCGGUGAGAACUCCUCCGACGAGGACUCCGUGGUGGAGUGUAUUGUCAAGCUCGACCCUACCCAAACUUCCUUCCUCAAGAUGGCAGACAGGGACGGCCAACCCCAACUCACCCAGCCAGCGAAGCUGACCGAGGCCUUCAAGUACUUUGUGCAGGGGAUGGGCUACAUGGCCGCGUCCACCAUGACUCGCUUGUCCCGGUCCCGAACCGCUUCGGUCGCCAGUUCCGGCUCGGCCGAAGGCGAACGGGGCCGGAGCCGAACCCUGUCCCGCGGCAGCGUCGGGGGAACACCCGGGAGCCCUUGA